GCUUACCACAAAAAAUAUGCAGCAAUGGUUAGGAACAAUGCCGUUCGUGAAGCAUUUUAUUGGUGGUGCCAAGACUACAAGAAGGAUACUUUUGAGUUUGAUUGUACAAAAUUACCUCAAUCAGCACUGGAGGAGGGUAUGACAAUUGAUCAUAUGCCAAUGAUCAUCAAGUUCAUUAAAGAUAAAUAUGUAUUAACAAAUGCCAAGUUUGAUAGGAUCAAGGUUGUUAACCUUCUAUCUGAGUUCAAGGAACAUCAUCGUUAUGACAGAUCACUUCCUAAAGAUGAAGACACUAGAAGUUUAUUGGCAAAUUAUGAUUUUAAAAUAGGAACCUAUGGCAAUGGAGGUUGCUUACAUUUAAUGAUGAACUAUGAGGAGCUACUUGAACUUUAUAAAUCAAAGAAGCUUAUUAGUGAUUUGGAUGAAUUUCAAAAUGAUAUUGAUGAGUCUCUAUUGGACUUCAGUACUGAUAAUCAGCUGGAGCAGAAAUUAAUAGAACAAAAUAAACGUUUAAUUGAAAGGAACAAGAUGUUGUCUGAGAAGUUAGCAAUUAAGGAGAUGAUCUUCAAGGGGAUCAACCAAAUUAGAAUAUGGAAUGAAUUAGAAAGUGAAUCUGAAGACGAACCUUGCAGGUCAGAUACAAAAUUAUCACGACCAAUACCAAUGUUUGGCGAUUCAGACGACGAGGGCGAAUAUCUUCCACAAUGUCCCGAUAACGGACCAAAGACCAAGGUGUCAGAUGAUGAUUAUCAAUCACAUAUGAAGGACAUUGCCUCCAAAUAC